AAUGUAAUUCUGUGUUUUCCUCUAAUUUAUCUCUCAUUCUCUCAAGUUUCCCUUGAAAAAGAAAACAAAGAAAGGAAUCUCUCAAGAAAAUGGAUGCGUUCUCGUCGUUCUUCGAAUCUCAAUCGGCCUCUCGCAACAGCUGGACUUACGAUUCUCUCAAGAACUUACGUCAGAUCUCUCCGAUCGUCCAAACUCAUCUCAAACAGGUUUAUCUCUCACUAUGUUGUGCUCUGAUUGCUUCGGCUGUUGGAGCUUAUCUGCAUAUCCUCUGGAAUAUUGGAGGCCUCCUCACGACCUUAGGUUGCUUGGGAAGCAUUGUUUGGCUACUCUCAACCCCUCCACAUGAAGAGCAAAAGAGGGUUUCACUCUUGAUGGCAUCUGCACUCUUUGAAGGGGCUUCAAUUGGUCCUCUGAUCGAAUUGGCUAUUGAAAUUGAUCCAAGCAUUCUGGUCAGUGCUUUUGUGGGGUGUGCUGUGGCUUUCGGUUGUUUCUCAAUGGCAGCCAUGUUGGCUAGGCGUAGAGAGUACCUUUACCUUGGAGGUCUUCUUUCCUCUGGGCUCUCCAUCCUUUUCUGGUUGCACUUUGCCUCCUCUGUCUUUGGGGGAACUGCAGCUCUCUUCAAGUUUGAGUUGUAUUUUGGGCUUUUGGUGUUUGUGGGCUACAUCGUAGUGGAUACCCAAGAUAUAAUCGAGAAGGCACACUAUGGUGAUCUAGACUACGUAAAGCAUGCCUUGACUCUCUUCACUGACUUUGUUGCUGUUUUUGUACGAAUUCUUAUAAUUAUGUUGAAGAACUCCGAGAAGAGUGAGAAGAAGAAGAAGAGAAGAAAUUGAAUUUGACCAAGAAGCUGGGCAACAAAGGAAAGAUUGUCUAACCAUGGAUCUGAUGGAUCUUUUUCAGUUGUCUAUAUGAACUUGGGGCUUUUUCUUAAACUGAAAUGGUGUUAAUAUUUGGAAGUUAAUGGUUGUGUAAUGGGCGUUUGUUCUGGGUUGUGCUCAGUACAUAUAGUUGGAUUUCCUGUGGUAAACAUGACAUGUUUUAAAUUCAUUUUCAUCUCUAAUGUGAUCUCAAUGCGUUGAAGUCUGAUGACAAAAUAAAAUCCAUGCUUUGAACA